AUGUGCAGCCAGGCACAAACCCACCUCCCGCGCAUCACCGCCCUGAAAAAGCAACGGAGACACCCCUGGGAUACAGUGAUCAAAGCUGCUAUGAGGAAGUACCCCAACCCAAUGAAUCCGUGUGUGGUUGGAGUAGAUGUCCUCAACAGAAGCCUGGAUAACCAGGGGAGGUUGCAUAGUCACCGUCUUCUCAGCACAGAGUGGGGAUUGCCAAGUAUCGUGAAAGCGAUUUUAGGAACAAGUAGAACUCUGACUUACAUUGAGGAACAUUCUGUGGUAGAUCCAGUGGAAAAAAAGAUGGAGCUUUGCUCAACUAAUAUUACUCUCACAAACUUGGUGUCUGUUGAUGAGAGACUGGUUUACACACCUCAUCCUGAAAACCCUGAAAAAACUGUGCUAACUCAAGAAGCAAUUAUUACUGUUAAAGGCAUUAGCUUGAGCAGUUAUCUGGAAAGCUUAAUGGCAAACACAAUAUCUUCUAAUGCCAGAAAGUUUCCAUUUAGAAGUCUCUGUGGGGCAUAUAUUCUUGAAAGAGAAGUCCAAACCCUGGCUCACAACCAAACUCAGUCUGACUCGGAGGGUCGGGAUGCCCUGGAGUGGGUGAUCAGCAAACUAAACACAGAAUUGGAGGAGCUGAAGUCAACACGCGAGGGCAUGAAACCAGCCAUGGCAGCAGCGUCAACAGAAAAAUAAAACCAAAAAUACCAAGUAACUGACAGAACAAUUUUAUUCUGCAGACUGCUUUGUAGAUCUCCCUUCCAAGGCUGAUCUGCAGAGGUUUUAUAUAUUUAUAAGAAUAUUGGAUCAGCGGAAAAGCAACCUCAUCCGUCACCUCCACAGCAGCUCCUGUUGCCUACUGAAGACUAAAUUGACCUCCCGCAGAUGCUCUUUUCAUUUAAACAAUUUAUGUUUAACACUGGAAACAAAACAUUUAGCACAUUUAAAACUGCCUAAAUGUGCCUUUUAUAACAAAGAUAGAGAGUAUGUUAUAUUUACACCAUCUCGGUUUUUCGUACUCAAACUUGAAAAGAAUGCAUGUGUCAUAUUAAGGGUUUUCCAUGUGAACAUUUGUUCUGUGAAGGGCUGAUAGGUACUAGAGCACUGAAUUUUGUCUGUUCUGUGAUCUGAUAGUGUCUCAUGACCAUUUAAAGGGAACUACAUGAGUUAGAACAUGAUACUGUAGAAUUAGAUAUCUAUCUAGAUAGAUAUCUAGAUAGAUAUAUAGA